AUGGUGACUUUUAUCAUAAUUGUGACGUACUCCUAUUGAAAAAGGGAGAAUUCGUCUCAUCACGUAGACCAACCAAACAAGAAAAGAGAUUCUGAAAUAUUCUGAUUAUGGUCCUUGUCCCGAAUGUCUAGAUUUCAUGAAGAAACUGCAUAUGGCACCAUCUCAAAUAUUUAUGUGUCUGCAUGAAGGACAAAAAUAUUUUGAAAUCGUUGAAAACGUCACGGCAACUAGCUGCUGAGAGUACUUUCCUACUGAAUGGGAUCUAUGGGCAGAACCUGACACAAGAUUUUCGUUGUAAUAUUUUGAAUAAGUUGCGAAAUGAUGACAUAUCUGAAAUAUGUCGCAAAGAUGAUCUUAUUCUUAGAUAUGGAGCAUUCAUCUAUGAAAAAUAUGGUAGCAUCAAGAAUGAACUGAUAAGACAAUCUAGGCGGCAACUUGAAAGGAUAACAAUAGAGCUCACUAAGGGAAAUACGAAUAUAUACAAGUUAAUUGACGCUCUCACUCCUGAAAGGUUUGAUGCUGUUGUCUCAGCGACAAAGUCUUUCUGUUCGACAUCUACAGAAGUAGCGAAAAGGACUGAAUUUGGAAUUCGAUCUUUGACGCUGAAAAUUGGGUAUUCUAUUAAAAAAUGCAUUGGGAUUGAAAAAGAAUUAUGUUUGCGGAAGGGUGACCUGAAAAGAAAUGAUAUUUUGUUAGGUUUUUUGUCAAUUUUGGAUUUGAAGUGGAGCGUCAGAAUCUCAUCCUAUGCAUCAGCUACUCUGCAAUCUAGAAAACUCAAUUCCGUUGAUUCACUUCCAAUUACUGGUGAUUUGAUCAAACUGAGCAAGUCCUUAGAAUUUAUGAUCGAAGAAACUAAGAAUGACGACAUGAAGAGAAAAAAGAGUUCUCAAAAUUGGAGUGAACUAAAAUCACUCACCUUGAGCCGUUCAUUCUUCCCAAUGAAAGAAGAUCAGGAGAAGCUGCAAGAAUGAGAGUUAAGAACUACACUAACAGACCGGAUUGGCAAAGUCAAAGUGUAGCAGGAAUGAGAAAAUCUCUGACGGAAUUUGAAAAUCAGUUAGCUAGUGCCUCAACGGUUGUAAAAAUAGUAGGAAAGCGAGAAAGAAAAUUACUAGUCUUGCUUACUAAAGGAAUAAAAGAAUCCAUCAAUUUUCUUCUGGCACCUCGUAUAGAAGUGGGAGUGCCCAAGGGAAAUCCUUUCGUGUUUGCACGGUUAGGUGAAUUACAUUCCUAUAUGAGAGGCCACGAUUGCAUAAAGAAAUGGCAAACUUAGAGUCGCCAGAAACGAUAACAAGUACAAAGUUAGGAAAGUACGUAGCCACCGUUUUUCAAGUUUUCAAUCUCAAAGAGAACGAGUGUGAUUGGCUAGCGAGACAUUUGGGCCACGAUAUAAGGGUCCAUCGUGAAUACUACCGUCUCCAUGAAAAUACAGUGGAGCUAACCAAAGUCAGCAGGUUGCUUUUGGCAGUUGACCAAGGGAAAGCACAUACAUUGGCUGGAAAAUCUUCAGAGGAAAUUCAAGUACAAGAUUUGCCACCUAUAGAAGAAGAUCCGCCUGAUCUAGAUGGAAAUGAUGAAGCUGAUGAUGACAGCAAUGAAGGAAUUUCAGGGGUCAGUGCUGCGGAUUCAACAAACAAAAUGGAAAGAGAAGUACCAUCAGAACCAUCACUUGAGAAAGCGAAACAAAAACCUAAAACCACCAAAUCAAAAACGACGAAUAGGGAGGCAGCUCUAAGAAGAGUUCCGUGGAAUCAUUCUGAGAAGGAAGUUUUGUUGAACGAAUUCAAAAUUGAAAUAAAAAGAGGAAUCGUACCAGGAAAGGCUGAGGGUACGAUGAUAAAACAUGAUCAUGACAAUAUACUCAGCAGUAGAUCAUGGACUGAUGAUAUUAAAUUCUUCGAUAAGAAUGUCAUUACAAGAGAUAAGAGAGAUCUAUAUUGA